UGCUUCUUCUUCUUCUUCUUCUUCGUAUUUGUUGGAUAUCAAACUCGAAUUCCAUUUCAUUAUGUACUCAUUUUUCCUUGUCAUUGUUCAUAUCUUAAUAAGCCGAGCUUUCGGCCAAGUCACCUCACCAACGCAUACUUACAACAUCACUUCUCCCGACCCUAAUGCUUUCUAUGUAGCUGGUCAAAUUCUACCCAUCACUUACACAUUGGUUGACAAUCCCAACCUGCCUACCUUAUUGUCACUAUCGGUUUAUUUUUCAACUCAAGAUGCAUCAUUGAACGCUAGCAACGUAGUUAUUACCGAAAAUGCCGAUAUUUCUCAAGGCUUCAGCUUCCGUAGAACCGCCAAUACCAUGGUCUAUUAUGAACAUCAGCUGAAUUAUCUUAUUCCCAAUGCUACGCGACCCGGUAACUAUCAGGUGGUAUUCCAAGAUGCUAUCUCACGUACCAAUACUUCUGUGCCUAUUGUGGUUCGUCCCUACGCGGCCCCGGCUGCCAACCCCAGCGGUAUCCUCGGCAAAGCCAAACCUUCUGGUAGCUUUGCAUUGCAAAAUAACCCCGCUUCCCCACAGUUUCCAAUCACUCCCUCCCUUCUUGCCACGUUGGUACUGCUGAGUCUUUACUUUGCAUCAUACUUGUAGUUUGUUAUUCACUCUUUACCCAUUCAAAACCGAAUGGGUCCUUAAUUGAUAUUCUCUUGCCACAUUACAUUAUUAUUUUUUAUUCACUCACUAUAAACCGACCAACAGCAGUAAUAAACAUCCUUUGGUUUUUCGUAUGUGCUAAAGCCACUUUGUAAGGCGGGAAGGUAGAGGAGUGAAGAGGGAUUGGUGUUAGGGGUAGAGAGAGAGAGAGAGAGAGAGA